AUGGUGCUAGUCAACCCCCCUCAUAUCCUCAACAUCAUCAUCCCUCACCUCAACUCCCCUCACACCCUCAACAUCACCACAACCCCUCAACAUCAUCACAGCCCCCUUAACAUCACCACAACUCCCUCAACAUCACCCCAACCCCCUCAACAUCACCCUAACCUCCUCAACAUCACCCCAACGCUCUCAACAUCACCAAACGCCCUCAACAUCACCCAAUCCCCUCAACAUCACCCAACUCCUCAACAUCACCCUAACCCCCUCAACAUCACCGCAACGCCCUCAACAUCACCCAAACCCCCUCUACAUCACCUUAUGCCCUCUACAUCACCCCGACCCCCUCAGCAUCAUCCAUCCCCCUCAACAUCACCCUAA